CUUCCUGUUCGUUUAUUGAUGGUGAGUGAAUCAAACACACAGCUUCCGGGAGGGAGGAGUCAGUUUGUGUGCGAGGACGAGACUUUAUAUCUGAGCUGAUGCUUGACGCACACUCGGGUUUCACUGGGUUCAGAGUUAGUUUUUCAUAUAAUAACAGAUUUUAAUGAGGAUUACCGGGCGUCCAGGGCCGCAGCCAAAACCUCCAGGUACCAGAGUGCGGCCCCACCUGAAGGAUGAGGAGGCCCGGCUGCAGGGGGCCGUUGAUCUGCUCUGAGCUUCACCGCCUGGACUCGUCUGACAGAUGAAUCAACAAACAACAACAACAACAACAACCUUGUCCGUCCCGGAGCUCGUCCCCGGGAAGCCAGGUGCAUUCUGGGCUUUCACCCGACUCCACUGAACAGUCAACACUCAGAUGCAGAGGGGGGGGCACCAUGCUUUUGGUCUUCAGCAAAGCGCAGGUUCUCUACGCGAUGAUGAUGCUCAACGUCUUUUUCUGCGUCCUGAUGAGCGUGUUGUGGAACCGGGGGCACCACAGGAGGGGCCCUCGAGGGGUUCACGUCCCGACAGAGAGGUUCUGGCACCAACAGGACGAGAGAGAAUCCUUCUGGAACACGGAGCAGCGGCGCCUGGACCUCCUCUACAACCUCACCGAGCUGCCGCACCGGUCAGAUGACACCAGACCCCUCGACCCGGUCCCCUCGGACUCGGACUACAGAGUCACCACUAACAUCUCGGACUUCAACGCCCUGCCGCAGAGAUUCCAGGAUUUUCUUCUGCACAUGCGCCGCAGGACGUACCCCAUGCUGAUUGACCAGCCCCACGUCUGUGAGGGAAACCCCUUCCUGCUGCUGGCGGUCAAGUCGCUGACGCCACACUUCGACCGCCGGCAGGCUAUCCGUGAAACAUGGGGCCGAGCGGGCGUCUUAGCCAAUCGUACAGUGGCGACUGUGUUUCUGCUCGGCAACACCGUGUCAACGGAUCACAUCCCAGACCUGCAGCCGAUGCUGGGCUACGAGGCGCAACUUCACAAAGACCUCCUCCAGUGGGACUACAGGGACACCUUCUUCAACCUCACCCUGAAGGAGAUACUCUUCUUGGAGUGGUUCAGCCAGAACUGUCCCCACGCACAGUUCAUCCUCAAGGGGGACGAUGACGUCCUGGUCAACACUGUGCGAAUCAUCGACCUCCUGGAAGGCCUGCCGGAGAACAAGUCCAGGGAUCUGUUCAUAGGGAAUGUCAUCAGUAACGCCAGCCCAAUCAGAGACAGGAAACUGAAGUACUUCAUCCCCGAGAGUGUGUUUGUGGGGCAGUACCCGCCGUACGCUGGGGGUGGAGGGUAUGUGUACUCUGGGGAUUUGGCGCUUCGCCUUCACAGCGUAUCCCAGCAGGUCGUCUUGUAUCCCAUCGAUGACGUCUACACAGGGAUGUGUCUGAGGAAACUGGGUCUGGCUCCUGAGAAAAACUCUGACUUCAGGACUUUUGACAUCGAGGACGAGCACAGGGACGACCCCUGCGUCUACAGGAGCUUGAUGCUGGUUCACAGCCGCAUGCCACAGGAGAUUCUACAGAUCUGGUCAUGGAUUGUGCGUCCUGAGCUGGAGUGUCUUAUACAGCCCCUGUCUACGGCCCCUGGAGACGGGCCCGUGAAGAUGGCCCCUGAAGACGGGCCCCUGAACGCAGGCCCCUGAAGACGGGCCCCUGAACGCAGGCCCCUGAAUAAGGGCCCCUGAAGGCAGGCCCCUGAAGAUGGCCCCUGAAGACGGGCCCCUGAAGGCAGGCCCCUGAAGAUGGCCCCUGAAGAAGGGCCCCUGAAGACGAGCCCCUGAAGACGGGCCCCUGAACGCAGGCCCCUGAACGCGGGCCCCUGAAGACGGGCCCCUGAAGACGGGCCCCUGAAGACGGGCCCCUGAACGCGGGCCCCUGAACGCGGGCCCCUGAAGACGGGCCCCUGAAGACGGGCCCCUGAAGACGGGCCCCUGAACGCAGGCC